AUGGCUGCCCCCUGUGUGCUUGUCACCAGCUGCUCCUCCACCUUCUCUGGACACCAGCUGGUCCAGCAUAACCUCAGACCAGAGGAUCUUCUUGUGGAAGUGACUGCCGAUGAUGCCAUGAGGUUUUAUCCCUGGACCAUUGAUAGUAAAUACUAUUCAGCAGGUACCAAUCUGUGUGUGGUGCCAAACAAAUUUCUAAUCACUGCAGAAAUCAUGGAGUCUGUCCAAGCAUUUGUGGUUUACUUUGACAGCACACAAAAAUCUGGUCUUGAUAGUGUUUCUUCAUGGCUUCCGCUGGCAGAAGCAUGGUUACCUGUAGUCAUGAUCUUGGUCUGUGACAGAGUGUGCGGAAAUGGUGUAAACCGGCAAAAAGCUCAAGAAUGGUGUAUCAAACAUGGCUUUGAAUUGGUAGCACUCAGUCCAGACGAGUUGCCUGAGGAGGAGGAUGACCUCCCAGAAUCUACAGGCAUAAAGCGAAUCGUUCAAGCCUUGAAUGCAUACGUGUGGUCCAAUGUAGCGAUGAAGAAUGACAGGAACCAAGGCUUUAGCUCUCUUAGCUCAUUGGCUGGAGCAAACCAUAGCAUUGGGUCAGCAGAGACGUGUCAUUCAGAGCAGCCCCAUUUGCCAGCACCUGCUAGGACUGAACCCCUCUUGGAGCAUCAGGGUGGUGCCUCUAACACAACAGACGCUCAGGCUGAUAGCAUCGUGGAUCCCUUGUUAGAUCUGGAUAUUCAAGAAUUAGCCAGUCUUACUACUGGUGGAGGAGAUUUGGAGAAUUUUGAAAGACUCUUCACAAAGUUAAAGGAAAUGAAAGACAAGGGUGCAAUGCUCCCUCAUGAGCAAAGAAAGUUGCAUGCAGGAAAGGUGGCCCAAGCCUUCUGGGUGGCAGUUGGGGGAGACAGAGAUGAAAUUGAAGGUCUUCCAUCUGAUGAACACUAA